AACUUGAAAAUAAAAACAUUCUUCAUUCUACUUCGCGAGGCUCGCAUUUAUUGUAUCGCAAUAUACAAAAUAACUUCUUGUGAGAGUCAGACAUAAAAAUAAUACGACUUAUUCAUUUUAUUAUUUUUUUAUACAAUAUUGACGGUCUUAAAUAGUUAAAGGAAGAAAUCUUUGAUUUUCGGCAAAAUAUUUAUAGUUUUUUUUUUUAUUAUUAUUUUUGAAACAAAAGUGAAUUUCAAACAAAGGAUUAUUGAAAAAUAAUAAUGUGGUCGCAUUUAGAACGUGGCAGUUCUCCAGUAGAUUGGUGUGAAUCCAAUUAUUCUAUAUCGCCUGUAAUAGCUGAAUUUGUUAAUACGAUAAGUAACAUUCUAUUCUUUUUGUUCCCGCCAGUAUUGAUACAUUUAUUUCAAGAAUAUGCUAGAUUUUUUAACCCAGCAAUCAAUGUACUGUGGGUGUUAUUAAUGGUGGUUGGUAUCAGUUCUGCCUACUUUCACGCUACCCUGAGUUUAGUGGGGCAACUGCUCGAUGAACUGGCUAUACUAUGGGUUUUCAUGGCAGCCUUUGCUAUGUUCCUACCAAAGAGACAUUUCCCCAGAUUCUUGGGGGGUAAUAGACGAGUACUGGCAUUCUACUCGAGCGUGUUUUCGGUAGUCUCUACAGGCUUCCUUGUAAUGCAUCCAAAAGCUAACGCCUUCGCACUAAUGAUGCUCGCAUUCCCGGCCAUCGGGUUUCUGUGUAAAGAAUUGAACAGAGUAAAAUGUGCCCGUGUGUAUCGUCUCGGUCUACGCUGCGUCGCGGUGUGCUGCCUCGCGAUAUUCUCCUGGAUCAUUGACAGAAUGUUCUGUGACGCGUGGCUCUCCAUAGACUUCCCGUACAUGCACGGUGUAUGGCACAUACUUAUAUUCAUAGCUAGUUAUACAGCGUUGGUACUGUUUGCAUACUUCAACGUGUCCGAAGAAAGACCCGAGCAAAAACCCGAAUUGAGAUACUGGCCCAGGAACGACUUUGAACUGGGCAUACCAUAUAUAACUAUAAAACAUCCGUGCAAAAAAGACAAACAUCUUGCUAUAUAAUUUUUUUUUUUCUAGCUUGAUAUUACGUUUUAGUAUUUUUUUGAAUUUGGAAACAUUUUUAUAGAAAUAUUAUCUGUGUUUUGACAUCUUCGGCUUGUCAAUUGUCAUUUUAUUUCAAGUUUGUGAUUGAUUUAGUUUUGCUACUACAUAUUUUAUUUUAAUAAUAUGUAAAAUUUUAUAUUCACGAAAUGACUACUAGCCUGAAAUAAAUGUAGUGUACAAAAUAAGAGAAAUAAUUUUUGUAGCUAAUUAAAUAAUGUAAAUUACAAAAACUUCAUGUAUAAUGUGUAGAAACGAAUACUGAAAGUAAACGAGUCUGUAUGCAAACGACGAUUUGACAUAUAUAUUUUUUAAUAGGUGAUUAAAAAUUUUAAUUAAUUCAAUUUGUGCCAACCUGUGAUGUUUUUAUGACUGUUAUUGUGCAAUUAUUUAUAUAUUUUAUAUUCUAGUGAUAUAUUUAUUAGUAAUUUUAUAUUUAUUUAAUUUUUUUUUUGUAUUCUUAGUGCUAGUGAUUUUUAACUGAGUUUUACAUUUAACUAAAAUUAUUUGAGAUUUACAAAAAGAGAUCUUAUGUGUUUAUAGAAGUAGUUAUAAUCUUGGAGAACUUUGUGAAAGAAAAAUACAGUAGUUUUUAUGUCCAUUUUAUCUAUUUUAGCUUCUGAUGUAGUUUUUGUUUCUUGAUAUUUUUCAUUAAAAAUUAAUAUAGCAGUGUUGCUUCACUUGAUGUAACAAAUAUUUAUCUAGCGAGUGUUUUAAAGAUCUUGAAUCUGCGAUUGCAGUAAUUCUUGACUUAAUUUUUUUUUCUAUACAAACUUUAAUUAAUUUGUGCAAGAAUUGAAGCUUUUUGCUUUACUCACCCAUUUACAUUCUGUACAAAAUUUGUAUGAGAUAACGUUUCCAUAUUUUGUGAUGUUGAUGUUUCCAUAGAUUUAUAAUUAAGUGUGUUUUUGAAUAUUUUAGUCCAAAAUUAUUGUGAUUUUGAUAAUCUAGUGUUAGACUAGUAUAUACUUGUGUGAUACAUAAUUUAAAUGAUUCGUAACUCCUUAUGUCUGCUUUGAAUGAAAAAUGUUUAUUAACUAUUACCAUACAAUAUGUUUAUCAUUGCCCAAUCAUUUAUAUAUAUUAUUUAUAGCUGACAUUUGAUUGCAAUAAAGUAAAAGUGUGUUAUAUAUAA